AUGAAGUGUUGGUCCACACUUUGGGAAUUUAAGGUACUGACAAUGGUGUGCAGCUAUCUAAGUCAGAAACAGUUGAUGACAGAUAAUUGGAGAUAUGUUUCUUGCCGCGCAUCUUUGAUGACUGGAGAUCUAACUUCUCAGGAAGCAUUGGACAAAUACCAAUACUCAUUUAUGCAGAUUUCACCUCAGUGUAGCAAGGUUUACAUCCCCAUGAAGGAUGAGAAUGAUUGGUUUUUAUUGGUUGUGGAUCUCAAGUCUAAAGAAGCAAUCAUCUUACAAGCUUUGUAUUUGGACGAUCGCACAUCCAUCAGGGAAGAAGUUGUCAAAACAAUGCUAACAUUUUUAGACACAUUAGCCCCUCUGAUGUGUUCUCGUGAAGAUUCUGGAGCGUGGGUGUGCCAGUGGAUGUUUCGUACAGAGUUGUUUGACAAAUACGAUGUUGCGUAUGUUGAUGAGGGAAUUCGAAUGACGAUUGCAGUGCGUUUGCUACUUUCACCUUACAACAUAAAUCGAGCAACUACUCUGAAGCUGGCGCACAAAUUUGCCCAAAAGUGUCAUCAUAUCAUUGGACAUUAUUAUGCAGCUCGGAAAGAAAUGGAGGUGAUAAAAGACCUUAUCACUCGAUAA